CCCGAGACCAAAGCAAGGCCAAGUCCAAGGCCAAGUCCAGAACUUCAAAGCGUUACUCACCCUUGUAUUUGCUUCCAGCCACAGGACAACAGUGAGAUUAAAGGACGACCAUUCACUUUGAAGACGCGGAUUUCAGAAAGGAAAAACUAGUAAUUAAUACCAAACAUCAUGCGGUACUUUGGCAAAUCCGUUCAGUGACAUACUGAUUCAGGAAUAGGAUGGAUAAACUGACAGAAAAGAUAACCUCCGAGUAGGUGAACAAGUCUUUGGCUGACACAAGUAUUAGAAAUACAGCUCUCAAAAAUUGAUUUCAUAGCUGCUUGGUCUUUAAGUCACUUUUGUCUCAUUGAACUGGUGUGUGAAUCAAGGAACGCUGUAAUUUAUACUGCUUGGUUACCCCCAUUGUUCAAACAGCCCUGGAUCCUUCAAAGGAAUGAUACGAAAAUCAAUUUGAUUUAUAACUCUCGCUUUUAUCUCCAAACAAUUUGAACCAAAGUUCAGCCCAUGUCCACACCUUUAAUAUGAAAUGCUUUUGUCUUGGCAAGAUUUAUCUCCUUUAGUCUUUCGAAACCCUGAAACGUAAUUAAUACCUCGGAGCCUUUCUGUUUGAACCAUAGAAGCUGUGGGAAAUUUAUAAGAAGUUGAAAGUGAAACGGCCGUGUAGAACAUUGUAUUUCUUAUUUCCUUGAAUGUGAUAACAAAGAAACCGUAACCAACAGAUGGAGCAAAGUUACCAGACAAGUAGGCAGAUUGACCUUACGCACACUUCAGCUUCAUGAUGGAUAACAGGACAAAUGCAACGGUUCCUACUUUGGCCGAUUUUUUUAACUCAUCUGUUAACGGAACAGUCUUGCGCCUCUUGAACUCAUCACUUCCCCUAUCUACAGGGUCGCUCUACUCUUACCCCGAGUUGGUUCUCUGCGCUGUUGGGUUCUCCAUCUUGAUUGUCGUGACACUCGGCGGUAACAGCCUGGUGUUGGUUGCCGUAGCCCGUACCAAGAAACUCCAAACCGCCACCAACGUGUUCGUGGUCAACUUGAGCGUGUCUGACUGCCUGUCGUGCCUGGCUUUUGUAUGGAGCGUGCCGGCUAUGGUUAGUACGACGCCUGGCUACCCGUUGCAGACUGCAGUUCCCUGCAUAGUUACGGCUGCUCUCGUUUUUAUCACAGUGUCUUGCAGCCUGAACAGCCUGGCAAAUAUCGCUUUGAAUCGGUGCUUAUUGAUCACCAGGCCCAAGGAGACCUACCAAUGGCUGUACACCCCCAAGAAGAUUGCCCUGAUGGUCUUGAUUGCUUGGCUUGUGCCGUUUAGCGCCGUAGUGGUGCCCCCGCUCUACGGAGUUGGCGACAUCGGCUUCGAUCCAGAAAGCCGAACCUGCACCGACAUCGACACUCACACCAAAGCUGCAAUCUACGACAAGAUUCAGUUUGGAGUCUUCUUUCCAUUUCCCUGCAUCGUGAUCAUUGUUUCCUACAUCCUGAUCUGGCGACAUAUCAAGAAACACUUCAAGAAGCGCAGGCAAAACGCGAGCGGGCACAUGCAGUCCUCCACGGUCGUGCCAUCAGCGCAGUCGUCUGCCUCCAUGCGUGAUGUUGAUGGCGGCAUCCCGAAAGGGACGCGCACCCUGCAGGGGUCGCUCCGACGCGUCGAGAGUCGCCACACGCUGAGACGCACCAAGCAUGACCAGCUGGCUAUCACCAAGAACCUCUUCGUGGUGGUGUUUGCUUUCAUCGUUUGCUUCAUGCCCCUCGCCAUCAUGGUGGUCACUAAGAACAACCGCUACCAGCUGUACGGCGGUUUGGCCUUGUUCCUCAACGGCUGUAUUAACCCUCUCAUCUAUGCUGCCAAACAUCCACACCUCGGCCCAGUGUUGAGAGCCAUGAUACGCUGUCGGUGUUCAUCAGAAUAAACAUCUACUCCUCAUGAGGUUCCCUCUAUCCAAGGAAACUCGACCCUUCAAACCUACGCCUACCCUUAAUAACAAUAUAUCGGUGAAAAAUCUUUCAAAAAAGAGUAUACCUUUGAACUUUCUGAGGGCUUUCUAUGAAUAAGUUUUAAGUCGAUUCCGAAACUAGCAGCAUAAAUGUAUCGCCAUCUUUCACUCUGUUAAAGUUGUUUUAACUGCAGUUUUGCUUAUGCCGUUCAAUGAAAUCUUUGGAAAGUGAAAAUACAUUUAAUGGUUGCUUGUGCCAUACGCGUAAGGGAGGGUGCGCUCAUGUAAAGCAAACGAUCCACCCAAAUGUUUUUGUUAGAUAUUUCGUUUGAGUCACAGUCGUAAAAUAUUAAAUGAGGAAUGGUAUCGUAACACCGAAUCGUUUGAGAAUCGUCCCCUUUGUCUCAAGUUCCAAAUGAAUGUGCUCAUUGUUUAGUCUUACUUCUUGCAAACAUCCAUUGCUGGUCAAACCCCAGCGUGAAACUUGAGUAUUCAGCUUGUAAAUGCUGUCUUCGGUAUGACGGUAUAACUUUCAUUCCAAAACAUUUAUUGUUUGGGAAAUGAAAAGACUGUCCGAACGUAUCGGAUCAAUGUGAAGGUAUACUUAUGCGAUUAUAACAAUUCUUGAGAAGGCAGAAGAAAUUUUGUACUGGUCGACAUUGACUUUUUAGAGACCUCCAGUUCUUUGAAGUUGCAAAUAAUGUAAUAGUAUGUCCCAGAGUCUGAAUUGUUGGUUCAAAACUAGCCUGAAGAUUCAAAAACUAGCCAAGGAAACACUCAAAAGAAGAAAAUAGACUUGGCACUUGUCCAAAACCUUCACUAUUUGUACAUUAAUCGUGUCCAGGUACCAGUAUUGCAUUUGAAUCUGAUUCUAUUAUUCAGUUUUCUGUAAAAUUAACAGUUUUAUGUUUAUUGAAGUGUAAAGAUACAAGGGUAGUUGGAUGCGAAAGUGAUGCUUCAUAAAAGCACUUUCCUCCUGCCGGUGAGAAAUAUGCUAUUAAUCGAAUUACUUUACAGUAUAGGGGAUGCGAUAGUGGAUAUUCAUUAGCGUUUAUGUGUACUGAGCUUAAUUUGACUCAGUGGGAGAUGUUUACUUAAUUUAAAUGUGCAUUGCAUUCUCUUGAUACCUGUGUGUCGCUCCAUAACUCAUCAAUAUUGGUUACUGAAGAUAUCAUUUGUUCAGAUUGUGGUUCAGGUUGCACCUUUAAACUAACAAGUUGAGUUGAAAGGUUCAGUGUCAGUCAAAGACACAGUCUUACUGUGACAUCUAACCUUAGCAAUCGGGAAUGAGGGAGUGAUUGUGGCAUAUCUUAUGUAACAGAAGACUAAAGGGAGAGAGCAUGGUCUUUGUUCCUUUAUAGUGUGCAUUCUUUAAAUGGUACUGAGCGCACUCAACCGUGACAGUAUGAGAGGCUUUGCCAAGGAAUGAACCUUGCCGGUAAUGUGUUCAGAUGGCUUCCUGUGAUCUGGUCGCGAGUUUGGUGUUUCUUGUAGACAAGCUGUGACAUAUAGACGAGAUGAACAACGUCAAUUAGUUUAAUUAAGAGCGGAUUAGACGGGUCCAUGUCAAUAUAGGUCGUCCAGGGCGCCUUUGCCACAUUUGGUCGGGCCGAUAACCGUCGGCGGCUCUGACUGGCGGACCGCACGAUGGGCUGGAGUACGCGGGUACAUACGAGAUGGGUUAAUUAUCAAUGUAAGUGUAUGGCCUUUUCUUGUAGACAAAUCACUGGAACAACAUUAGGUGUCACAUUGUCUGCUCUGAUACGCAGUUAUUUUGAAACGUCUCUUAAAACUGUUCACAAGAGGUUUCUUUUGGCCAGAAUUUUUGUCUCAUGGCCUACGCUUAAGGUGAAAUUUAAGAGACUAAAUGCAUCUUUUAGCAAACGCAAGCAAUUGCACGUGAAACAGACAACUGAAAGUGCUAUUAAGCGGUCCCUUUGCUCGAAAACACCUGCUACGUCCCCAACUAUCUGUCAGCUCCUCCCAACCCAGCCUCAUCAAGAAGGACGAACUUGCCGUCACCAAGAACCUCUUCGUUGUUGUCUUGGCCUUCGUUGCAAGUUUACUUCAAGCCUCUCGCUAUCAUGAUGGCGACGAACAUUGUUCGUUACCAUCUUUACGGUGUAUUUUUCCUAUUUGCCAGCGGCGGGGUAGAUCCAGUCACCUGUGCUACCAAGCAUCCACACUUUGGGCCUGUGUUGCAAGCCGUGAUCCGAUGCAGAGGUUCCAACGACUAAACGGCCCGAGUCAUAUCCUCCGUUAGGUCCAACAAAUCAGAAUUUACUUUUCAGCUGUGAUUUCUGCUUUUACUGCAAGCUAUCUAAAAACUUUCAUCCAAUUUCGAUCGCUAAAGAGAAAGCGAUCAAGAAUAAACACCAGCAAGAGAGACUACAAAUCUUGUAACUAAGUCAUGAUAACGUGGUUUCAGUUCAAUAUCUCGCUUCGCUGUGUAUGAUUUGAAUGCAUUGUAAAACCAAAUACUUCAACACAAGGUACGUUCCUUGGGGUGAAGAUGUGAGUCUUCAGAUAAAAUAAGGUGGAAAACCUUUAACUUGACAUUAUGUGAAAUGCAAGCAUCACCAGUUCACUGUUAUUUAGAAUAGUCAGCAUGCUAUCAAAGACAUCAAACUUUACCAAUCAGGACUGAGGGAGUAAUAGAAGCAUAUCUUACGCAACAGAAGACUAAAGGGAGAGAGCAUGGUCUUCAUUCAUUUAUACUGUGCAUUCUUUAAAUGGUGCUGUAAGCGGAGGAAUGACCUUAGUCGAUCACCCCAGCAAUAAAUUGUUCAGAUGUCUUCCUGCGAUCUGGAAGCAAUUUUA